UAUUUACACGUGGCUUUAAGUCUCAUCAUGACUGCGUGUGCGUUUUAUUUUCUUGUAAAAGUGCAUUGUGUGUGGUGUUGAAUUAAAAAAAAAUGCCGGUUUCACGUGGGGACCCUGCAUUACUCAACCCAUGCGGGGUUUAAACCCCCGUACGUCGGGUUAACCUCUUGGAUUUGUCUGGUGCUUAAGCUCCUGUCUUUUCACACGGAAACACUAAACUACAAUAGACACGUCGCUUUUUUGCUCGUUGACCUUGUUGUUUUGUAAGUGCGUCACUAUAUGUAAUCCUAAAGAACGGGAGCAUGGGGUUCAGCAUUAACGGGUGUAAGAGCAGGCAGUGAACGCGACAUGUCGUCCACAGAAUCUGCAUUCAAAACCUCAUUGAGAAUUUCGCAUUUUUUCACACGCGUGUCUGCUCUCGUGCACGCUGUGUACUUAGUCGCUGGCAGUUGUGGAGAAUGGCAUGUAUUCAUGUGCGAUUAACAGUCGGUUAGUGUUGUGUUUGAGUGAAGGGGGGGGGGGGAUAGCAUCAUAAACACUUAAUAACUAUUUUUACUGUCUUGUCACAGGCGGGUCUGUAUUUUAAGUUUUGGCUCAGGUUCCCCGUGCAGCGAUGUGAGAAAGAAAGGCAGCCUGUCUGCACGACACACACUGCUGCUUUGUUCUCAGCACAGCCUGCCAUACAUGCACAUACCAUAGCCCCCCAUAGGAAUACCACAGGAGUCUCCCCCCGUGCUUCUCAGUCUGCUCCACUUUCACUCACAUUUGCUUUGACGAGGAUUUUAUAGCGUUUUGGAGGUUUUUAAUUAUUAUUAUUAAUGUGUGGUUUAUAGAUGGCAGCAGAGAACCAGCAUGUCCUGACUGGUUAGUGUUAUCAUACAGAGCCGUGGGGGGGGGGGGGGGUUGUGUUUAACGGUGACUAUCCUGGCUUUGUGCUGAAAGCAGGCUUUUGUAUCUGAAAGAAGUUGUGAGUCUUCCUGCAGCUGUAUGUGAAGCAGCUAAAGGUUUCACGUGUUGAGAAACAAAGAGGACGAACAAAGCCCCCCCCCCCUUUGUUGGGUUUUUAUUUGUAAUUUAACUUUCUGAGAAGGAAAAAAUGUAAAUUGGGGGAAAGAGGUGUUAGAUUUCUACCCCGGUAUGUCCCAGCUGUUCCUAUGAUGUCAUGGGGAGGGGAGGGUGUUAAAAGUUUUUGUGUGAUCUGCCGCCUCCCCGGGGAGCCGCGGGGCGGGGCCACGGUGAUGUAAACACAUAUAAAAAGCGCCUCGCGCCUCAGUGUGGAGAAACUGGUUUAAACUUUCACUACAGCACGUGCCGCUGCUGCGGGGAUUACUACGGACUGUCACGAGCUGCUCUUUCAGCGCACCACACACCGUACACACACCUACACACACACCGUACACACACACCGUACACACACACCGUACACACACCUACACACGCGCGCCUCUGGAUCUAAGGUCUCGACCUCCUGACUUAUUGUCUGUCUGGUUUCUUGUUCUCCAGAUUACACACGCGAACAUGCUGCAGAGCUUCUCCCAGUCGCAGGACUGGCUCUACUCGGAGCCGCUGCUGUUUGACGACGAGUUCUGCCAGAGUUUGAUGAAGGACCUGCAGUCGCUGCCGACACCCCCUCAGUCCCCCCCAAUGAAGCUGGGGCUGGGAGGCAGUAAGCCCCUGUCCAAGGAGGACCAGCUGAGCUACGUGUCAGACAUCCUGCUGGAGGACCACGACAUGCAGCUCAACUGGAACUGUGACUUCUUCCACUCCGGUGGUGCUGAGAAGGAGGGCGAGCCCAGCCAGCCCUGCUCGCCCCUGGAGGAGAGCGGGGAGGACUGUCUGUGGCAGUGCCUGGCGGGGGACAAGAGCCUGGAGGAGAAGCUGGUCUCCUCCAUGCUGGGCUCCAGCCCGCUGCUGUCAGACAUCAACACCAGCAUCUUCGAGGAGAUCGCCGGCUCCACGCUGGACUGCCAGAACCUGAUGGACACAGAGGAGCCCAGCGAGGCCAUGUCAGACUACGGGUCAACAGGGGGCGAGCUCUCCACGUAUUCGUCCAGCGACUCUGAGGAGGAAAUCGACGUGGUCACUGUGGUGCGCUGUUCCUCCAGCCCCUCCCCUCGACCCUCAUUGGCUGACCUGUCUGCCCGUCAGCAGAAGCAGGAAGAGGAGAAGCGUGCUCUCCAACGUCACCACUUUGAGAUCCAGCUGCAACACAACUAUGCGGCGCCGUGUCCUGCCUCGCCGCCACCUUCGUCCUCGUCCAGCAAGCGCUCACGAGGGAGCGAAAGCUCGUCACGCUUCCACCGCUCGUCCCGCAGCUCUUCUUCGUCGUCGUCCUCGUCGCGGUACCACCACCACAGCUCGUCGCGAAACUCCACGGAGACGGAGGACGAGGAGGAACGGCGGCGGACACACAACGUGAUGGAGCGACAGCGGCGCAACGAGCUGAAGAACUGCUUCGUGCACCUGCGCGACAACGUGCCGGAGCUGUCGCACAACGACAAGGCGUCCAAGGUGGUGAUCCUGAAGAAGGCUCGCGACUGUAUCUACGGCCUGGAGGACGAGAACCACAGACUGCAAACCAAGAGGGACAAACUUAGAGGCAAACAGGAAGUGAUGAAAGCCCGGCUGGAGCAGCUCCGCAGCUAAUGUGCCGCAACCACGGACUGCGAUUCUAGCUGUUUAAGAGACAAUGCGUUGGCUGUGAGGGCGGAUAAGGGAAGAGACUUUGUACAAAGAAAGAGGGCGGGGAUAAAGGACGGCGUGUCUUGUAACAAUAGACUGUGUGGACUCACACCUGCUGCCAUAGACACUCAUUGUCUCGAUGAUCAUUCUCAUGCCUUGACUGCUGACUGUUGUGUUUUUAAGUUUUAAUGAGGACGCAGCAAACUGAUUAUUUUCACCUUUUUUUAACGUGGCUGAACGCACACUGAAAGACUGGGACAAUAUAUAUUCUUUAUUUUUUUAUUGUUUCUUUAGUUCACCACAUCUGGGUAUCUUUACUUUUGGGGAUGCCAAAUGAUGCCGGUGAAAAAUGACACGGAGCCGAAGCCAAAAAACAACUGGAAGCCGCAUCAGCUCAGUAGUUGACUGAAACUUGAAUGUUGUGUUUUCAGGAUGUCUCUAUAGCCAUACUAACCAGUGAUCCCUCCACUUUAACGGUGUUUGAUGGCGGCUUCUAAGUUAUUUGGUCGACUGCACGUUUGUCAAUUCAUUUAAAAUUCCAAAUCUGAUGCUGUUUGAAUAGUUUUUUGGAUUAAAGGUUAUUCAGUGUGUUUUCAGCCCUGUUUGGCCUCAGGCGGACCCUCGGGCCCCACACCACUCUGUUAUCAGGUUAACGACAGUACUGUAUAACACAGGUUCGAUACCGUACUCGUCACAAAGCUCGGCCUCAGCUCCGUUCAUCACCGGCUCCGUCACUUCAGUGUUUUCUCAAGUGGGAAAACAUGGAAAUAACUUUGUGUAUUUAAGUAUUUGUCAUUUUUUAAUAGACCGUUCACACUCACACGUAGCCAUAUUAAACAAUAUUCAGGUUUUGAGGCGACUGAGCCGGGAGGUGAGCUGAACUGGGAGCCGUGCGGUCGUAGCAAAUCAGCCAAAGUCAGGACGGAAAACUUCUGCGUAUCCUUUAGAUGCUUGCAUGUCCGAAACGGAGAGACACACCGAUGGUGUCCUGACAUUAUUUAGAGGUUCAAGUUCGGAGGAAACCGCAGCAAUACUGUGAUAUUUAGCAGACAAGUGUAAAUUAGGAUGUUAAUCAUUUUGACUAUUAAACAACCAUUAACCUACAUCUGGAAGUGUUCUCCAUGAUAUUGUGAUUCAUUAGUCGUUGGCCCUCGUUGAUCAAACCUUCUUGGAAAAUGUGAAAUUUGACCUUGAAUAUUCUGUAAUUCAGUCAAAGGUCACGCUUCGAAGCGGUGAUGACGCAACAUAUCAUUUAAAGUUGGUUCUAACUCGUGUACAUGUUGACUGAGGGCCACUGACUAACAUUCCCCUGUUUCUAAAGGUAUAAAGGUUCACUGGCACCAUUUUGUGCCCAAUUAUACUCAUUUUUAAUUACAUGGACACAAGAUAGCUGCUGACGAGUAUCUGGACACCGAGGACACAUUUUAAGAUAUUAAGUAUCAGGUGUUUAGUUGAACGUGCACUAUGGGCCAUUGUACUCUAAAUAACAAUUAUUGCCAAUGUUCUCCAUUAAUGUGUUUGUUAGGAAAUGUGCAGAUGGAAAACAUUUGCUUGUGUGUCAAAUGUCUUAAAAUGCACCCUGUUUUUAUGGAAGAGUUCCUCGUUCGGACGGAGUACGUGAACAGACCCGGGUCGGGAGGAAUAAUGAGUCGCCAUGUUUUGUUUUCAACGGUAAAAACCGGUUCUGCCUUGAAAUGCAUUCUGUUCAGGACUUCCUGUUUCCUGUUUGAUUAUGUUGCUGUCUGGUUAAAACCUCUUCUGCUUCCACCAGUACGUUUUUUUUUUGAGGGGGGGGAUUCUGGGAAGCUUAAGCUCCAAUUUUUAUGUUUUUACUUUUUUGUGGAGUUUCACAUUCGCAAUGAAGUAAGUCAGGUUUUAACGAGACAGCAAGGAUGACUUUUGUUGUUAGCAUGAUAAAACCUACCUCCACCUGGCUGCAGUCUGGCCUGUAAUGUUGUUUUCUGGUUUUUUUAUGUAAAUAUUUUUGUUAUUGUAACAUAAAUUAUUUCAGAUUUGUUUCUUUUGUUUUUUUUCAUAUUGAAUUUAAGGAUUGAAAAGAAAUGUUAUCCUUUACCAAGCAGCACUUUGUUUUUUAAUAUUGAUGUAAUUAAAGAAUGAAUGAGA